UUAUAAUGAUAAUAUAAGUAAAAAGUUAGUAAAUUAUUAAAUUUUUUAAUAUCGUCGAUAUUAAAUGCAUUUAUUCGUUUUUUUUACGGACGUUUUCGUAUUAUAAUUUCUUGUUAUUAUCAAAAGGCGCGGUUGCGUCUCGCGCCAAGUGAAGAGAAAUCAAGCCUCUUUUGCGCAAGUGAGCAACUUCCAAGCUCACGAGAUUAUCAGAUCUCAGAAAUGGCUGAACCGAUCAAGUUCUGAAUAGUCUUAAACGACAGCUUGAGGAAAAUUACAUAAUAAAAGUAUUUUUAUUUUUUCUUUCCGUCUCUACGUGCGGAGAUAUUGCGAUUAAUAUUACCAUGACUCAUUACCUGUUUUAUAUUUAUCAAUUACUGUUUAUUAAGUUCGUUCCGACAUAGCUACCAUUUGGUCAAUCAUAUCCCCUACAAAACCUCCAAUCGUCGAAGUUCGUCCAAGGUUAAUUUUCAAAGGUACCGCGAAUGUGCUAAUAUCGUAAUAAACCUAUAAAUUGCACGCAACAUAAUGUUGCACUAGUAGAACGUUUUUCGUUGUGCAUAAAGCAUCAGAGAAAAUUCACGACGUAUGCGCUUCUCGGAGUGUUUUGCUUCUAGAUAAGAUUUACUAUUUUUCCUAUACAAUAUUCUGUAUCGCAAGGAUUUAUAAUACGUAAUCAGCAGCCAUACUCUCGUUUGCAAAAUAAUAAGAGUUGAUUAGCAAAAUAAUAAGAAAUAAAAAUGGAGGAGGCGCAAGUACAUGUGCAAGUGAAAGACAACUCGAUAGAGUGCAUCUUACGUCCAAUAUCGUACACCUCCUGGUUCCUGGGUGUCGGUGUAGCACGUCCGCGAAAAGAUCUUGAAAAUAUAAUAAUAAUUAUACGUAUAAUUCAUAUGGCUAUGUGUCCCUUUAUCAUGAUAUAUAACGCAGAAUAUUUCUUCACUGAUAUUUCUCUCUUUGUCAUUUGAUGACAAAAAAAUGAUCCUGUACAUGGCUUUUCUAAACAUGAUGAUAUAUUACAUAUCAGCUUAUUAUUAUAUUUAUCACGGAUUUAGGCAGUGCGACGACUGGCAGAACCUGAUGAAUGAUUUGAAAAAACUUGAUCAAAACAUCAGAAAAGAAACAUCCACAAACCAAUACAUAAAUGGCCGAUCUAUAAAUGACCGAUCUAUAAAAAUUGUUGAAGCGCUAGCAAUUUUCAUGACGUUCACUGUCCCUGCUUUGUGGCUGAUAGUUCAAAUUCUGCUUGAUUAUAUCUCAUCAUAUGAAGAACACGAGUAUUUUAUAACACAAAUGCUGUCUUACUGUAUAUUAGCGCAGUCGUUGAUCAACAGCUUUGUUUUCGACAUUGUCGUCUAUGUGUUGUAUUGCAGAUCUCAAACAUUAAAUGAAUUAAUUGGCACGUUGCAUAAGUUCCAUGUGCAGGAGAUCGCGUCCAAGAUUAGAUUCAUCAGAAAAUUGCAUAGCGAUAUUUGUAAACUUGCUAAGAUGGUAAAUGAUAUGCACGGUAUUCAUCUCCUCUUAUGCUCAGCAAAUUGCUUCAUCAUGACAGUGACUGCACUAUUCAAUUUUUACUUUACCUUGAACCAUGAGGACAAAUUGUUACUGUUAAUACAUCCAGUUUUACAAAUUAUAUAUACCAUGCAAUUCUACCCGAUUUGUUGGAUUUGCACACUCGCGUGUAAAGAAUUCAAUAGGACAGGGUGCAUCAUACAUGAAAUUCCAUUGAAGUGCCAACCUGUAAAUCUUGAUAAUCACGAGGCGAGUAAUCAAUUGAGUCUAGAAGUGCGAGUUUCCAUGGAAGAUUCAAACAGCGAGCAAAAUUCUAAUUGUAGCAGCAGUCACAACCAGUAUGACAAAAAUGAGGACCUAAAGUGUGUCAGAAAUGAGGUCAGAGAUUUUUCAAAUCAACUGCAGAAUCGAAUAGCAUUUAGGGUCUGCGAUUUCUUUGAAAUAAAUAAAACUUUGUUCAGUGGGUUCGUCGGAGUGAGCUUCACUUAUCUAUUUAUCUUUGUUCGAUUUUCUUAAUCGAAAUUCUCUCCUUUCUGAAAAAAGGCAUGUAAAAAAUAUAUCAAAUGUAUCGAAAUUAUUGUUGUCGCUUUUCCGCGCUACCGAUUCGUUUUCUCGCUGCGCUAUCUUCAUGAAUGCAUGUCAUCGCGGAGAUUACGUAUUUUGACUUUGUGUAUUGAGGGAUUAAUAGGGUAAUAUUAAAUUUCUAAUUUGUGUGAAAUUAUGUAACAUCAAAAGUUCUGUAGCGCGCGCCUGUUUUGUCUAGUGUUAAACAAAAUACUAAAAAUGUAUUUGAAGCGUUUGAAAAUGUGUUGAAAUUCAACGUCAUGUUUUUUUGCAUUAUAGUACCAAUAGUAAACGUUUUGUCUUUUUCUAAAAAUUUCUAUACUGUUACAUUGUAUAAUAAUAUUGUCUCACUGUGUUCUACGUGUUCUUAUAUCUUGCUUGUAAAAAUAAAUUAAGAGACUAAUCCUAUGUAAAAAAUGUAAAACUAAUGUUCCAUUAUCAUUUAGACAACAUUAUUGUAAAAGCGAAUUGGCGAUACAUGACGCGCAAUUGUAGCUGAAUUAGGUUUGCGUAGCGGCUCGUUCCCGAUACAAUAUGGUAAAGUCGGUAUAUACGUCGUAGCUUUCGAAGAUUUAAUUUAGCAAAUAUUAUUUACUAUGUUUAAGGAAAAUAAAUUGUACUGAACAGAGGACACACAACAGAAUAGUAAUCACAGUGGAAAAAAAGUGAGAUCAAUUUAGACCGCGUUGUCUUUAAUCCAAUCCAAAUAAUUGAAGACACGGGUAAAGAUAGUGGGGUAGGUUUGGUCAGCACAGCCAUACGCCCAGGAUACCAAUCCAACGAGUUGUCUGUUAAUAGUUAAUGGGCCGCCAGAGUCACCCUGAAAGAAGCAAAGCGUCAUUUCAAAUAUAGCAGUUUAUAAGCUUCUACUGAGAAUAUUAAAUAAAUAGACUAAUACAAUA